CUCCAAAAAGCCAACCCCGGGCGCGCAGCGAUAUUUUAUCUCAGACUCCAAGUUAUGACUCUAGACUGCGCCAGACAACAGAAAACGCGAAUGGUUUCUGAGUACAGGCUGUAUCAAGUUGCUUCACUCUCUCGCUGUCUCUGUGUGUGAGCCUUUGCUGUAAUGCGUAAAGAUCUGCAGGGAUUUAUCAGGCGGAGUGAAGAACGCACCGUGGACGCGCGCUUUACCCAAAAUGCAACUGUGUCUUUCUAAUGUUCUGGUCUCGUAGAUGAUAUGCGUGCACAAGGGUGGUUUUAUAACUAAUACCGGGAUUAUAACAACAUUAAAGUAAACUUUGCUCAAACUUCCAAUUGAACCAACAGGUGCGCAUUUGCUCUGCGCAGCAGCGGCAGGUUCGGAACCUCUGCAGAGGAGUCGUUCUAACUUCUCAAGUUAAAAUUUUGUUCCCGAACUUUCUUCCAAAGGACUGAUGCUUAAAAUUAAGUGGAUUUUACUCUGCGUUUAUCCUCUCCAAAUGUGUCCGAAACAGCACUGGUGUCCUGUAAACGACGCAUGUGUGUGGUGAUACAAACCGUCCCGUCUACAGCGCUUUGUGAUCGCCGGCUACCACUCAUCCAAAUGAUCCUUCCAUUAAUAUUCCUUCUUGCAUCGCUUCUCCAACAAUAUGGCUCGGAAGCUGAAUCAAGUAAUGUCAGCAAAUUUCCCCUACCAAGCGUAAAGGAGCAUAACGGAGUGCAAGAUUCUAACCAGGAGAAAGUUAUAACAGUGUCUGGAGAGGGAAUGGUCCACAGCCCAGACUUCCCGCACACUUAUCCGAGGAAUACAGUGUUAGUCUGGAGACUAGUGGCCAGCAGCAACAUGAGGAUCCAGCUUACCUUUGAUGAGAGAUUUGGGCUGGAGGACCCUGAAGAUGGAAUAUGCAAGUACGACUUUGUGGAAAUAGAAGAUCCGACUGAGAAGACAAUCCUGGGUCGCUGGUGUGGGUCACAAUCGCUCCCAGGUAGUCACAUUUCCAAGGGAAGCCAGAUCACUAUUCGCUUCAUCUCCGAUGAGUAUUUCCCCUCUGAGCCGGGAUUCUGCAUCCGCUACUCCCUGCUGCCUGUGAGUGAACCAGAGCCCAAAGCCCCUGCAGUUCUCCCUCCUUCCCUGCAGGAUAUUGAGGAGCUGUCAGAGGCUGUGGCAGAGCUGAGCACUGUAGAGGAGGUCAUGAAGUACCUGGAACCAGAACGAUGGCAGAUGGAUAUGGAAGAGUUGUACAAACCUACGUGGCAUGUGCUGGGGAAAUCAUUCAUCCACAGUAAGAAGGCCCGAGGUGGAGCUGAUCUCAAUCUUCUGAGGGAAGAAGUUCAACUGUACAGCUGCACGCCACGUAAUUUCUCAGUAUCCCUGCGUGAAGAGCUGAAAAGGACAGAUGUCAUUUUCUGGCCCAGCUGCCUCCUGGUGAAGCGCUGUGGUGGAAACUGUGCCUGCUGCUCUCACCGCUGCUAUGACUGUCAGUGUAUUCCUGCCAGAGUCACAAAGAAAUAUCAUGAGGUUCUACUGUUGAAACAUCGAAGUGGUGUACGAGGCCUGCAGAAGUCCAUGACUGAUGUGCCCUUGGAACACCAUGAAGAGUGUGCCUGUGUGUGUAAAGAUGAUUCUGACUGACCUCAGACAUGUGUAAUAGCUGCCAACGGAAGCAUACGGGAUGUUAGAAAUGAACCUCUGCCGCUGUUCCUAUCUCAUCCACUACCACUGGAAGCUAACAAGAUUCUCCUUUUAUCCUGUUGUCCUUUUACUAAUUGGAUGAAGCAGAACAGACUGGAAUCUAAUAAAUCUUCCAAAUGGAUUUGACUGCUGUGGAAUACCAAUAGAGUGCUCUGAGUCCGUUUUAGAAAGGCCAAAAAAAAUCACUGGAGCAGAUCUGGACCAUUACCUUUGGGCUCUGAAGACUAUUUUCUUCCAUUCUUCUGAGAUAAGAACACUGAGGCAUUUGUGCCAUUUCUUCCUGAGGUCUUUUUUAAAGUUCAGUCAGUGUGGGCUGAUACUGUCAUGAAAAAUGGGAGCUUCUUUGUUCAAGUACUUUUUUAUGUCUAUAAGUGAGCUGGCUCCAGCUGCCUUGCUCCCUCAGCUCCUCUAUUAUUACCAUCAAGGCAAAGAAAGGUGGUUUUUAGGAGCUGUUUCCUUUUGCUCCCCUCUUGUUUUACCACAGAGUUUGUCUGUGGCACUGUACAACCACAGUAUAGUUGAAAUGUAUCACUAAUGAGACUGCAUUAUGUGUAAAUAAUUUGUUUACAUUUCUUUUCUUUAUUAGUGUGCAUUUUCUGCCAAAGUUUUUCAAAGAUAAGAUCAAAGUUGCACAUUCAGAAUCAGUUAGAAGUCCUUCUUUAAGUCUUUUGAUCCAUCUCAGCAAUAUAAAAUCUGCUUGCUCAAGAAAUGCCUCGCAUCAAACCAUUUUUUCAGCAUCUGAGAUUGUUCAUAAUAAAUAUUUAUUUGUUUAAGAAAAGGGAAUUUAGGUCCAAGAUGACUUGUGUGCUACAUAUUUCACUGUACAGUAGUGUAUUAGCCUCUUCUUUGUUUGUAAUUUUUACAUUUUGAUUUUCUUAUGGAUGUUUUUUUUUUUUUUUCAUUUUUCUGUAUGCCAAUAUUAUUUAUCUGUACUUUUGCUACAACUGUUUGUGUAUUUUAUAGUAUUGGAAAGCAAAAAUAAAUUCUUCCAUUUCUAACUGAAUCUCUAGUACUUGGGAUUGGAAGCUUUGAUCCAACCACUGAUCUGAACAUAGUACCAAACUCCCAAACCAAAGGCACAUAUGCUUAUGAAAAUCAUCAUCCACAGAUAUUAUUGUAACCAUGGAAGUAAAUGGAACAAACUUUGGUUUAUUUCUGAUGCACAUCAAGGUGAAUAAUAAUGCCAGGCAAUCCACUAAAUGUUUUGGUAAACCAAAAUGAGGCAUUAUAUUUAUUGAUGUGCAAAUUUCAGUUAACAUUCCACUAGAUUUAGGGCCAUACAUGCUAACAUGUUGGGCCAGUUCAAACUGGGUUUCGAUGUUAAAAAAAAAAAAACAAGUACUCUUGGUAUUAACAAUGAGAGCACAGUGACAGUACUGCACGUAACAGGUAGGGAAAAAAAUAGAGAGGAAAAAUAUUUAAACUAAGCGUGAUUUACUAAUGCUUGUAACACGCAAUUUACUGCAAACUGUGCCAGGAAACAAAACAUGUCUCAUUUUUUGUGCUUGAUACUGAAUUGAAUUGCCUGUGUUUAAAAAACAUUACAUGUAAAACUAACCACACCUAUGUGGGGAUCGUGUGCACAUGCUAUUUUGUCCUAUUUAGUAAAUCUGGCCUUUACCCAUCGAUGGAUAAGUGUAAAAAAUAUCCCAAAGCCGAUUUAUAAAACCAGUUCCUGUUGAAUUGUUAUAAUGGAAUAUAAACUGAUGCAUUUAAACCCUGAA